GUGUUCCAAUCCCUCCAAUCAUGUGAUUCAGGUGUUCCGAUCCCCUCCAUUCAUGUGAUUCGGGUGUUCCAAUCCCCUCCAUAUCAUGUGAUUCAGGUGUUCCAAUCCCCUCCCAUAUCAUGUGAUUCAGGGUGUUCCAAUCCCCUCCAAUCAUGUGAUUCAGGUGUUCCGAUCCCCCUCCAUCAUGUGAUUCAGGUGUUCCAAUCCCCUCCCAAUCAUGUGAUUCAGGUGCUCCAAUCCCCUCCAUAUCAUGUGAUUCAGGUGUUCCAAUCCCCUCCAUGGACACAGGUGUAUACAAUCAAGCCCCUAGGCAUGCAGACUGCUUCUACAAAC